UGCCCGGGGGGCGGGUCAGGAGAGAGGAGCGGCGGUGCCCCGGAUUGAGCGGCGCUGGCGGUCGGAGCGGGCGCAAGUCUUGUUUUUCUCCACACUUUGGACGCCGUUCAGCACCGAAAGUGGACCCCGGCAGACGCGCCUCGCCUCAGCAUCGUCGUCCGUCAUGGAGUCUUACGAUAUUUUAGCGAACCAGCCGGUGGUGAUCGAUAACGGUUCAGGGGUCAUCAAGGCUGGUUUCGCCGGAGAUCAGAUCCCCAAAUAUUGUUUUCCCAACUACGUGGGACGUCCCAAACACGUGCGUGUCAUGGCGGGCGCCCUGGAGGGGGACCUCUUUAUUGGGCCCAAAGCGGAGGAGCACCGCGGGCUGCUGUCGGUGCGCUACCCGAUGGAGCACGGCAUCGUGAAGGACUGGAAUGACAUGGAGAGGAUCUGGCAGUACGUUUACUCCAAGGAGCAGCUGCAGACCUUCUCCGAGGAGCAUCCUGUUCUUCUGACGGAAGCUCCCCUCAACCCCAGCAAGAACCGCGAGAAGGCCGCCGAGGUCUUCUUUGAGACCUUCAACGUUCCCGCCCUCUUCAUCUCCAUGCAGGCCGUGCUCAGCUUGUAUGCCACGGGACGCACCACGGGCGUGGUGCUGGACUCGGGCGACGGCGUGACGCACGUGGUGCCCAUCUACGAGGGCUUCGCCAUCCCGCACUCCAUCAUGCGGGUGGACAUCGCCGGCAGGGACGUGUCGCGCUACCUGCGGCUGCUCCUGCGCAAGGAAGGCUACAACUUCAACACCUCGGCCGAGUUCGAGGUGGUGCGCACCAUCAAGGAGAGGGCGUGCUACCUGUCGCUGAACCCGCAGAAGGACGAGACUCUGGAGACGGAGAAGGCUCAGUACGUCCUCCCCGACGGGAGCGCCUUAAACAUCGGGCCCGCCCGCUUCCGCGCCCCCGAGCUGCUGUUCCGGCCCGACCUGGUGGGCGACGAGAGCUCGGGCAUCCACGAGGUCCUGGCCUACGCCAUCCAGAAGUCGGACAUGGACCUGCGGCGCACGCUCUUCUCCACCAUCGUGCUGUGCGGCGGCUCCACGCUCAUCAAAGGCUUUGGAGAGAGGUUACUCACUGAAGUCAAGAAGCUGGCACCCAAAGACGUCAAGAUCAAGAUCUCCGCCCCCCAGGAGAGACUCUACUCCACGUGGAUCGGAGGCUCCAUCUUGGCGUCGUUGGACACGUUCAAGAAGAUGUGGGUGUCCAAGCGCGAGUACGAAGAAGACAGGGCGCGCGCCAUCCACAGGAAGACCUUCUAGGACGACGGCCCCCCCACCGCACCCGUCCUUCGCCGCCUUCUCAUUGGCCGCCCGCGCCCCGGUCGCCACGCCGACCGCGCCCGCCACGUGAAGGUCACGUCACACGUGUCAAUAAAAGUCCACGGUUUUGUUUU